AUGGGCGGCCAGCGCGUUGCCUUCUUCCCGAAGGCAGAUGCGGCCGUCCUCGCAUCGAGGCAUGCUGCGCCGGCAUCGUCCGAGCGCCCGACCACCACCGCGCCAAUACUUGAUCUUGAGAAUGCCGACAAACCCCUUGAGCCAUGGACUGCGGAACAAGUCACGUCGGUGUAUCCCAGCGAUGGCGACAUCUGGACACCAGCACCAAAACCUGCCAAAACACUAUGUCCACCUCAGUGCUCUUCGGAUCGCUAUCUCUUCCCAGUCUUGACCCGGAAUGAGAGGCUGAGGCUGACAUUGCUAUACUACUAUACUCGCGGAGCGCUUGAAGAUGUAGAGUUGAUGUCUCGCCUACAGGAAAAGGUUCAUCUUGCGCAUGAGACAGUAGGGUGGGAGUUUGUCAUUGCCGGCCUUCUCAACCACAGCACUUAUACUCGGAUGGUCACAGUGAACCUUCCUCUCGCGAUAUUACCACGUCGCGAGAGUACCUGCGCGCACACCAUCAACCAACCACCAGGCACUGUCUUUGCGCUGCAGAAUAUGGCGGAAGAUUGGCGCUUCGAGAAGUCACCGCAUGUUGAGCAGGGUGGCUUGCGCGCGUAUGCCGGUGUACCAUUGAGAUUUGAUACUGAAUUCGGGGAGCACGUGGCUUUCGGCUCCCUUUGUGUCGCUUCUAAUUCCCCGCAAGAGCCUCUCUCGCCAUCAGUACAGCAGGCUCUUGCCAGGCUUGCUGACUGGAUUGUCACGGAUAUAGUGCACAGUGCAAGAGCUCGCCGUCAGAAGGAACGUAGGCGGAUGCUGGAACUGCUCUCUCAAGCUCAGCAGCAAUGCGACAACCACCACAAUAUGGAGGAAGUGAUCCCUAGGAUGCUCGAGGAUGUCUAUCUUAAUACGCAGGUGAGCAUUCAUCAGACCACGGACAGCCACAUAACCUUCGCUGGUGGUACGAGAUUCCGCACGUCAGAGCUGGAGCAAGGUCUUUGGGAAGAUACAGCUUAUUUCGACUACGCCAUCGAGAACCUCAAUCAUUUGGACAUGACUGCGCCUCGGCCUGUACGGGCUAUCGCGGCACAGUGCACCAGUCAGCGUGCAGCGAUGUUUCUUGUAGUAGCCAGUAACGACCUCAAGAUGGUCUUUGACGACAUAGAUUCUUGGUUUGUGCAUAUGUGUGCGGAGGCGCUCAGCGCAAAGGAAACGUUUCUUCGCGGCAUUACGCAUCAGCUUCGAACUCCUAUACAUGGUAUUCUUGGUUCUGUCGAGCUUCUCACUGAAGAGCUAAAAGCUCGAAACGUGGUCCCUUCAACAGCCGCCUCAUCACCCACUGCCAGCCCGGACAUUGAACAGCUGGACCCAUACACCUACAUUAAGACCAUCAAGACUUCUGCAAGAGAGCUGAUCUCAACGGUGAAUAAUCUCAUCAAGUUGAAUCAGUGGGCAGAUAUUGCACAGGCAGAACGCGUUCUCACCAUGCAUACCGUCUCUGAGAUUGAAGAUGCGUUGCUGAAGGAAACCCUGCUAGGACUAUCGGACGAUCUUUCUACGCGGCCAUCUAUCGUAAUACAACACCAUCUACCGCCGAGUUGCGAUCUGCUUGCUAUCGACAAGCGGGUGUUUUUGGACUGUAUCCAGCCGCUUAUGGUCAACGCCGCUCAAAAUGCUGCUGGCGGUAUGGUAGCAGUGACUAUAUCAAUGGAGGAGGGCUGCCAGUCUCUCGUCGUUGACGUCGAACACAGUGGGCGUAAAACACCCAAAGGGAAUUACGACCGCGUGUUUGACGUACACGAACAGAUCGAUCUUAGCGGUACUGAGUCUGCUCUUGGUUUGACGCUGGCGAGUAAAGCGGCGACACUGUUGGGUGGUGAGAUUAAGAUGGUCACUUCACCCUACGGUGCAGGCUCGCACAUCAGAGCGACGUUCAACGAGCCCGUCUGCGCAAGCUCAUUCCCUGCGUCCCGUACAGUGAAGGAUAGAUUCAGUGAGCUUCCACAAACCUUCCAUCAUCUCACGUCCAAGUCAGCAACGUCGUCUCUCGGCGACUACUUCACACAGUAUCUUUCAAGCGCCGGUUGGACAGCGUCCAACACACCUAAGGGUGCUUUUGUAGUUGUCGACUACACACCCAAUCUAGCGGAGCUCUACCGACACACGUCGAACAUCGAUGCUGACCAGGUCGCGAUAUGUCUUGUUCCAGAAUGCGCAUGCUUUCUCGACUUCCAUACUGAACGUGUGCGACGGCAGGGUAAUGUUGUAUACGUUCAAGGUCCCUUUUUGUCGGAAACAUUUGAACAAGCGUUGAAGCACGCGGAUGCAAUCUCGGCCGAAUUCCGCGCCUCUGCUCUGGAGAAGGAGUCGCGUGCGACCGGUGGCAUCGUUAUCGAGCCACCCAGUCAAGCUUCUACACUCGACUCGAACGAGCGCCCACAGCUCCCAUCUGAGCGAGGUUCAAUAUUCCCCGACAAGCUUCAGAAUGAAUUAGUCCAGUCGGUACGGACCUUGCGCAUUGAAAUUAAGCCUCCGGCUUCCACGAAGGAGACCUCAACAUCGAGCAAACCCCUGACACUCCUUGUUGAUGACAAUGCUGUCAAUCUUCGUCUAUUGGAGAUGUACUGCAGUCGUCGCGGCAUCCCAUUUCGAAGUGCGAAGGAUGGCCAGCAGGCAGUCAACAUCUUUUCCGAAGCUCUUAUACCCAAGUACGACCCACUGCUACGACAAAAUCUGCCUGUCCAACCAGUCGGACUUAUCCUCAUGGAUCUCCAGAUGCCGGUAUGCGACGGUAUCGAUGCAACACGACAGAUACGGCGAUUGGAGAAGCAGCAUGGGUAUGAACGGAGUGUUUUGUUCAUCGUCACUGGUCAGGAUUCUUCAAACGAUCGCAAGGCCGCAGACGAUGCUGGCGCAGACGAGUUCCUGACCAAGCCUGUGGGACCCAAGGUUCUUGACCAGUGGGUAAAGAAGUGGUAUCCCGAUAUCGAAAUAUGA